CAGAACAACCUAGCAACAUCCUGCGACCACCCAGAACCCCCUAGCAACAUCCUGACAACCACUGAGAACACCCUGCGACCACCUAGAACACCCUAGCAAUGCCUUGAUAACCCCCAGAACACCCUAACAACAUCCUGACAACCCCAGAACACCCUAUCAACAUCUUGACAACCCCCAGAACACCCUAUCAACAUCUUGACAACCCCCAGAACACCAUAACAACAUCUUGACAACCCCCAGAACACCCUAACAACAUCCUGACAACCCCCAGAACACCCUAUCAACAUCCUGACAACCCCCAGAACACCCUAGCAACAUUUUACGACCACCCAGAACAACCUAGCAACAUCCUGCGACCACCCAGAACCCCCUAGCAACAUCCUGACAACCACUGAGAACACCCUGCGACCACCUAGAACACCCUAGCAAUGCCUUGAUAACCCCCAGAAGAUCCCAGCAACAACCUUCCACCACUCAGAAAACCCUAGCAAUGCCCUGACAACCAUCCAGACACCCUAGCAACAUCCUGCGGCCACCCAGAACACCCUAGCAACAUCCUGACAACCCCCAGACACCCUAACAACAUCCUGGCAACCUCCAGAACAUCCUGUGGCCACCCACAACACCCUAGCAACAUCCUGCGACCACCCAGAACCCCCUAGCAACAUCCUGACAACCACUGAGAACACCCUGCGACCACCUCGAACACCCUAACAAUGCCUUGAUAACCCCCAGAAAACCCUAGCAAUGCCCUGACAACCACGCAGAACACCCUAGCAACGCCCUGACAAACACUCAGAAUACUUUAGCAAUAAGGCAGCGAGCUUUGCACAAACACAAUUCAAAUACACAUUCUUCAUAAAACCUAUGGUUAAAUUAAACUAGUUAUAUGUAUAUAUUUGUAUGUUUUGAAAGUUUGUAUAUAUGUACAUAAAACAGCAUAAUAUGCAUUAUCCAUGCAGGAAAUGCCAUGUGUUGGCUAGCCCGGGUGUUUGUGCAAUGUUGACCUGCUGUGUGCAGGGGGUUUAAUGCCAGGCUGCCCAAUCUGACUAAUCCUAGAUCAGGCUUCAGUAGGGCAGACUCCCCCUCUCUCUUUCUCUCUGCACUCUCUACCUACUGCGUUAAGCGUAUUUAUAUUCUCUUGAUACAGUAUCACUGAGUUAUAUAACCCCAGACACUCAUGAUUACCACCCUCCCUCAUCUGCAUACACGCUCAUUGUCUAACUGCUUUAGAUUUUUCUUACUGUACACCGCUGUCCUCUGAGGGUGGACUACCGGGCUCCUGUUUCUUGGUAGCCAAAAUACCCGUGCUGUUACACAUUUGCUUUGGCAUGUAAUGGGUAAGGGAGAGGUGGAGGACGAAGCCAUCUGAUGUGUGUCAGAGUCAUCACGUGCUCCGGGCUGGGGAAGGAGUGUAAACUGCUUUGCGCUAUAAAAAAGCUACAACUUUUACGCAUGAUCACAUAUGUUGAACAUGCUGUCACGAAGCAGUUCUGCUCUCAGGUUUUGCACUUCUGCAUUUCUUCCACACCUUUUUUAACCUCGGACAGACAUACCUGGUCCUGUUUUAGUGGUUUAAUCGCCUCAACGGUUUGUUCCCGUUAGCCUGGUUCGAUGUUUCACAGUCAGCUGACUAAUGCAAAAAGUGGGUCAGCAAGCCAUUUGCCUGUGUCACUGCCACAUCCCUCUCUUUCCAUCGUGACUCCACACACUGUUGCUCUCUUUUUCUCUGUCGUCUCAUUUAUUUAUUUAGGUGUUUUUAGAUUCUUUAUAGAUUCGUUUUUAGAUGCAUAUUUGGACACACUUAGGAGUUUCCUACAGUACUAAGCAUGUGUUCUCCAGCCACGGGAAUAACAUUUAGACGGCAGGAAUUUUCUGCCCUGAGACUUAAACUGCACAAUGAAUAUCAAAAUGUAGUCAAAGCUGAAGGGCUAUUGAGGAGUGAAUAACAACUUUUUAAGGGGAUGUUGAUUUCUGUAUGCAGAAUAGCGAGGUGAUGUUUCUAUUUAUCUUAGACUGUAUUUGUUUAAAAGUCACACAAACAGGGUUGAAACUAAAAUGUAUGUUUUAAAAUCAGUUUAUAAUAUCAAAAUGCAAACAUUAUUUCAUCAAAACAAUAAAUUAGACUACUAAUAAAAUUGGAUUAUAUAAUUGAGAAAUGGGUCACACUUAAAGGGAUACUUCACCCAAAAAUGAAAAUUCUGUCAUAAUUUACUCACCCUUAGCCAAACCUGUAUACAUUUCUUUGUUUUCCUGAUCACAGGGAGAAAUUUGGAAAAAAUGUCAGAUCUCGCCCUCCAUUUACUGCUAUAGUAGGGGGGGAAAUGAUGCGAGUCAAUGGGGAGUGAGAUUUGACAAUCUUCCAGAUUCCAGACCUGUGUGUUCAGCAGAACUAAGAAUUCAUACAGGUUUGGAACAAUCUGAGUGCGAGUAAAUGAUGACAUCAUUUUUGGGUGUAGUAUCACUUUAAAGAGUUUGUUUGAGGAAACAAAAAUUGUGUGAUUGAGUGAUUGUGGGCAGAUGAGCAUUCAUGUAAUGAUAAUGAUAAUAAUGUAAUAAUUACAGAGACAAUACUCCUGCGGGUGUGUUUGAGCGGAGUGUAAUUUAGCAUUUCUUGCAGACGUUAAAACGAAAAGAAAAGGAGUAUGAGCACGAGAUGGAGCGUUUGGCGCGGGAGAAGAUCGCCACCCAGCAGAGACUUGCUGAGCUGAAGAACGAGUUGGGUCAGUGUAUGGACAUCAUGGAGAUCGACAGGAUCCUCAGACAGACGGUCCAGCCCGAAGAUGACCAGGCCUCUACAUCAACGGCAUCAGGUACAGAGGGUGAAGACAACUUUGACCAAGACAUAGCAGAAGACGUCCUUUCGUCUCCGCCACCCAAACCCCCUGCGCCGUUGCCACCCGAGCCCCGUGCCGCCAUGCCUCUGCCCACCAUCCUCUCUACGCACAUCUCCAUCCAACACAAACCCACACCCCUACCCGCCGCUCCAUCCACCCAGCCUCAGCCCGCCGUGGUCACCCCUCAGGCGAUCGCUCCUGCACCCCCUCCCCACAUGCUCACCCCUACUCAGCCGACAGUCAUCACUCAUGCGUCUGUAUCCCACGCCUCUGUCAUCCAAGCCGUGAACCAUGUCAUUCCAGCUGGGCCUAAACACUUGGCGCACAUUGUGCCCUCUAACGUCGGCCAGCCUAUCGGACACAUCACCGUGCACCCAGUAACCCACCUCCCCACUGCCAUUUACCCACAAUCGGUGGCCGUCUCGCAGCCAGCAGUGGUGGGGCACAUCACGCACACGCUGGCACACCACCCUCAAACCCAGGUCAACGGCACACCGGUCGGGGCCCAACAGGGGGCCAUGGUGGGGAAGCCCACAGCGGUGGUCGCCCAUCAUCACGCCGGGCUGGUCGGCCAGGCGGUUCUCAAUCCAGUGACUAUGGUAACUGUACCCCCCUUUCCCGUCAGCACGCUAAAGCUGGCCUGAAAGAAGCAGAAAGACUUUGGGGCCGAAUGAAUGGAGCUCUCUGUAGCAACUCACCAGAGACGGAAGAUGAAACACGCUAGCUGGAUGAUGAGUGACUAGAUCCCAGUUUCACUACUGUUGAUUCUACAUCGGCGGGGUUUCAUCAGGACCGGAUGGGCGCGAAAGGGCCUUGCGUGCCAUGGCACGCAGCAGUGGAAUGGUAUACGUGUAAUGCACUUGCUUAACUAAAUUAUAAGACAGCGAGUGUCAGUUUUUAGUCAUGUGAGAUCAGAGUGCUAAAAACAAAUCAAUCCUCUUCUCCUUCCCUCUAUAUUUCAUGCUAUCCCUUUUCUGUUUGCUCUGAUAUACAAGCCUGCCAUGAUCUUGUGUUUUACAUCCAUUCACCAAAAAUCCACAAAAACAAGAAACCUCAAUGUUAAUCAAAAACUAGAGUGCUUAAACGGGCCCAAAAGUAUUGAAAGCAUGCAAAGAAAACGUUAACGGGGUACGUUUUUAACGGGGACUUUUAAACUGUCUUGAAAAAAAAUCAGGUCACUCGGAACAAGUGUCUUGUGAGGAAAUGCAAGUGCCUAUAACCCCAAAUCAAGCCCAAUGGCGCCACCUGCUGCCUACGCGAUGAAACGACAUGUGUUUAUAAGCUAAUACGGUCGAAUGCGCUGCGCAGACUGAUCGGCGUAAAAUAUCAAAGUAUCGCGAGAGAAAUUCGAAAGUAUACCUCUCGACUACCUAUCGCGAUACAUAGAUGUUAAACGCCAUUCGGUCUGCGCAUCGCCUCGUGAAGUCGAACCCGUCUGACAAUAUGCGGCUACAGUGAGUCACAAAGUCUUAAAAUGUCGAUGAAGAACUGCAACGAACUAAUCAAAACACAAGUUCUCUUUUUCAAUAUACAUAUAUGACUACAUUUAGGCAUAUAAACUCUUAAGCGCUCAAAAUGUCUAACAUAAAACUACCUAAUGCGCUUUUAACACUUCAGAUAAUGACAAAUGAUGUCGGGCAUUAUCAGAAUCGUACUCAAAUGUCAAAUGAAGUCUUGGAAUAAAGCAGCUCCGUCUCCGCGCACAGCAUCAAACGCGCGCGCACGUGUCCGCACUGUGUUCGUUGCAUUGCACAGUCAUUUCUAUUUGUCGUUUUUUUAUUUUGAUGCGCUGUUGUGUGAAUUGUCGUGUUGUAGGUGGCUUUGUGUAUAAGCAUUUGGCUUUAAGAGGUUAAAAACUGUUGCACUGAGUCCGUUUCCAGGAUUAAAGGCCAUUUAUCACUAGCAGUCAGAGAUGCCCUGUUUAUACCUUUGCUUGUUAAACGCGCUCGCUUGGUUUAACCUGCACAAACUUUGCUCUCUUACUCUUUUUUUCCUGUCUAAAUCCGAUGGUUUACUGCUGAUGGUUUGGCUAAGUAUCUGAAUUAUUGCUUUAUAUACUGUCACUUUCAAACUGAACACUGUGAUUUCUGCUCCUCAUCAUCACCCUGCUCCAAAAACCCAAACUUUGCAUAUUCACCCAUUUUCUGUUUGUGUUUUCCCUCUUGUUUUGGGGAUGUGAAGAUGAAAAGAUACUGUGCUUCACAGACUCACUUAAAAUACCAACAAAAAUAGCGUAACCUUUGUGAAAUUAGUGUGUUUUUUCCCUCUCUUUUAUAUAUAUAUAUGUGAAUGAAUGUAUGUGUAUAUGUGAGGUAUAUGCACGCAUUCACAUAUACGUGUAUGUAUUUUAGGAUUAUACUGAUGCCUGGUUUUGCAUGUAGAUCGCGUUUUUUUGGUUGGUUGGUUUAAAUGUUAAUCCCUCCCCCCUUUCAUUUUAUUUUCGGGGACCAUGUAUCAUACUGUAUGAUGUGGGCGGGACCGUUAGACCUCAUUCUACAUUGAUAUUACAUAUAAAUAUAUGAAAAACUGUGCAUUUUCCCUAUGGAGAAAGUUUAAGUUAUAUAUCGCCUGUACAUUUUGGGCUGCAUUAGGAUCGAGUUGUCCACCAUGUUUAACUGAAAUAAUAGUAAUAAAACUUAUAAAAUAUUGCUAGAUUACUACAAAAACAUAAUGACGAUUCAUAAUAAAUCU